AAAACAAACGAUUUUUCAUUCAUAGUUGGUUUCAUUUCCGUGACUGUUUUGACGCUUCGCGCUUCCAGGCUGCCGUACAGCUGACGUCAUCUCCGCCGGGUACCGGAAGUGUGAGUUGGCUGGCGAAGAUAUCGAGAUGUCUGCCAUAUUUAAUUUCCAGAGUCUGUUGACGGUCAUUUUACUGCUCAUCUGCACCUGCGCGUAUAUACGAGCUCUAGCGCCCAGUCUGCUGGAUAAAAACAAAACAGGAUUACUUGGAAUAUUCUGGAAAUGUGCAAGAAUAGGUGAGCGCAAAAGCCCGUAUGUGGCGUGUUGCUGUAUCAUAAUGGCCUUCUCGAUACUAUUUUCGGAGUAGCCGCAACCAUCGGAAGAUUUGAAGGCGGCCGAGAUGAUCCAAGAACAGCUACAAGAUUCAAUAACAGGGAACAAGAUGUGUACUUUGCCAACGUUGAGACUGUCCCAGAACUGGGAUUCGGUUGAAUCUCUGUAGUGAUGCAUGUGGAGAUCAGCGCUUCUGAGCACACCCUGUGCAUUUCUCAGUCCUCCUGGACCUAUUUUUGUAAAUACAAAUUGUCUGUGGUUUCCAUGUCAUCGUUCCAGUAGUCAUUGACUUUUACGCUCAGAGCCAUUUUGACACAUUGAAAAGUUUAUGGGCAUCAGAAGGCGGAAAAUCUUUUCACCAAAAGUUUUAAUAUGAGAUGUUGGGGGGGGGUAUGAAUAUCAUGCUUGUAAAAUCAUUCAUUUAAAUCUGUGUUUUCAAUGGAGACGUUUGCAUUAAAAGAUUUAUUACUGA